UGUUGGGCAGUGUGCUGUCGGGGAGUGUUGGGAGAGGUGUUGCCGAACGCUCUUUUAUUUAUGAUUUCUUUCGCCUUAACCGUCGCAUCUCUCCUUUAUUUUAGUGCUGACUAGGAAAAUGUCAAUAAUACCUUACAUCGGAUCCAGUUACGUGGCCACACUCGUUUCUGCGGUAUCUUACACUUAAAGAUAAUGAGUUAUAUUAUGUGAAGUGUUACUGGGCCUUGAGUGAAGUGCUUCAGUAACCGGUUCCAGUCACAAGGUGUAUCCCGUGACCACCGCAGCCAAGAGGGCGUGAGACACAAUUGAGCUGAGGCUUGGCGUGCGUGAGGGAGAGGGCCAAGCUGGAGGGAAGGUGUGACUGCUGCGAGGAAGCAGCCCAGCCACGGCAUCUUCUCAUCGCAGAGAAAAAUGCCUGCUCUUGAAGAUCAUCAGCUUGGGGAAACGGACUCUCUUCUGGGCUCCGAGCAGCAUGGUAAAUUUGAUUCCUCGGACAGCUCUGACGGCUACUACUUCAAGGAACUGCAGCAGGAAGACUGGACCCUCUGUCCUGGCAAGCGAAACAGCUAUGGCACCUGCAAGCAACGGGAGGGCAUCACCCUGACCUGGCGCGACCUGAGCGUGCACGUGCCGGAGAAGAAGACCUGUUUCACAAGAAACCAUGACCAAUACCAUCCUGUUAAAAAAGUGCUCUCCAACGUGUUUGGAGCAGUUCAGCCUGGGAGUUUGCUGGCCAUGAUGGGAGCAAGCGGGGCAGGCAAGACCACCCUGAUAAACGCCCUGGCACACCGCACCACUGGCAGGAUAGUGGUGGACGGGGAUAUUCUCAUCAACGGCCACAAGGUUGAUGCAGCUCUGUCCACGCUGGCCGGAUAUGUACACCAGCACGAUCUCUUCCUGGGCUCACUCACUGUCAAUGAACACCUAGCCUUUAUGACUCGGAUGAAGAUGGACCGCCGCACCACAGCCAAGGAGAGACAGGCACGAGUGGUGGAGCUUCUCAACACUCUGGGACUCACGAAGGUGCAGAACACUCUCAUUGGCACUCCCGGAAAUGAAAAAUCCCUCUCCGGCGGGGAAAGGAAGCGACUAGCCUUUGCCACAGAGAUCUUGACCGACCCUCCACUUCUGUUUUGUGACGAGCCAACCACGGGUAUUGACUCCUUCAACGCAAAGCUUAUGGUGAAGAUCAUGCAGGAUAUGGCCAAGCGAGGCAAAACUAUCUUGUGCACCAUUCACCAGCCCUCCUCAGAGAUCUUUGCAAUGUUCGACAGGUUACUUCUUUUGGCUGAGGGACGCGUGGCAUACAUGGGCUCGUCCGCUGGUGCUCUAGAAUUUUUUGAAAGCCAAGGCUACAAAUGUCCCUCUACCUUCAAUCCUGCCGACUACUACAUCCACACCCUGGCAGUCCUCCCUGGCCACGAAGGUCGCUCCCAGGAACGCAUUGAUAAAAUAUGCCACAACUACACCAUGUCUCCUUCCUACAAACACAUCGAAAUGAUCAUUCAACGCGAGGACGAUAUUCGCCUCUUGAAUCUCAAGUAUGGAAGCAGUUAUGAAGAGGAAUCAUUCCACAGAAACACUCCUGAGAGGCCCGAGUGGCUGGUGCAGUGGUGGUGGCUGACGUGGCGGGCACUGCUCGACUCCUACAGGAAUCCCACCGUCCAUUAUAUAAGAAUAAUCAAGAAAAUUAUUUCUGCUCUUCUGAUCGGACUCAGCUACGCACAUGUGCGGCUGAAUCAAGCAGGGAUUCAGGACAUCGAGGGAGCUCUCUACUUCUUUGUUACACAGAAUUCUUUUCCCGCCGUCUACGGGGUCCUUAAUCUCUUCCCGAAAGAGAUGCCACUUUUCUUCAGGGAGUACAGAAAUGGCAUUUACCGCUCAGACACUUACUACAUCUCUAAGAUGAUCUCCCAGAUUCCAGGAUUCAUUGUGGACCCCAUUGUGUUCUGUUCCAUCUGCUACUGGCUGGUUGGUCUACAGCGGCAUUUCUACCACUUCUCCGUAACAGUUCUCAUCAGUAUUGCCGAUGCUAUCACGGCAUCAGCAUGUGGAACAAUGGUCUCCACUGCCUUUGAAAAUCUUCCCAACAUCUUGCUGUUUCUUCUUCCCUUCCAACUGAUAAUCCUCAUCUAUGGCGGCCUCUUCGUUAAUCUAAAAUCCCUGCCCCGGUACACUGCUUGGCUCAAGUACAUAUCCUGGUUCAUGUACACCAAUGAGGCGCUCACUGUCACGCAGUGGAAAGAUAUCAAGAACAUCACAUGUGAGAUGCCACCAGGGGUGCCCUGCAUCCACACUGGUAUGGAGGUGAUUGAGAAGUACUCUUUCAAUACAUCACACGUGGCCUAUGAUUUCGUGAUGAUGGGGGUGCUCUAUUGCUGCUUCCACCUCCUGGGUUUUGUUGCACUCUUCGUGAGGGCAAAGAAAAAAUAGCCCAACACUCGCUGGCUACCAGUGUACCACCUAUCAAUCCAUAUACCAUAGUGAGAUGACCGAGAUCCCACUCGAAGGGUCCAGAUGAGUCAGAAGCAAUCUCAAUAUACACAUAUUUUGGCUGUUAGAUUAUUGCAGUAUGACAAUUGUUACUUCAUUUGAGUAAAUCUGGACGACUUUACUGACCAAGAGCCACAGGUACUGAAAGGUCUGAGUCGCUGAAUCGCUCCUUUCACUAUUAGUGAUGCCUUUCAAAAUAAUACCAUUCACCUGCACAUCACUUUUUUUCAGACUUGAGAAACCAUAGCAGUGCAGGAUUUAAUAAAAACUGUUAUUUGAAGAUGGACGCUGUUUUACAGGAUAAGUAUAAAAUUAGCUAGGCUACUAUGCUCUAUUGUAUCUAGACUUAAAAAAUAAGGUAGAAAAUUACAGUAAACUCUAUUAUGGACAAUUUAGGACUUUUCAAUUUCAGAAGAGAAUAAUGAAGUCCAUUAAAUGGACUGCAUCCUCUACAUUUAUAAUGUAUGAACCUCCUGGAAAUUCAUAAGGUUUAAUUUCCUUUCAAACAUAUUACGGUGAAUUACAGCAUAGCAUCUUAUAAAAUUUACUUUCUAUGGCUUUUUCGUAUAUAUAUAUAUAGUGUAUAGUAAACAGUAUAUACGAGUAAAUGAGGCACUCUGAAAAGAAAACGCGAGCUCACCGCCAAAUUUUUUUUUUUACUUUUUUUUUUUUUUUUUUUUUUUUGCGGUGUUACAAAGUAUUGCAGGUUUAAUAGGGGACAGUCUUUGUGCAAAAUGUGCUGCACCUAUUGUCGACUUCUUGUAUAUUUUGCAAGUGAUCUACACACCAUUAAUGAUACUGAGCACGUCUUCCGCUAGCGCUGACGAGAAGAGAGAAACCAUCCGUUCUUGGGAAAUGAAAGCGUAAUGUGAGUGAGUGAAAAGUACACAAAACAAUUUGCAUGACAAAGAGAAGAGAAGUAUGCUAGUCGUAACUAUUAUUACUUUGAGUCGCUAAAUAUUGUUCAAUGUCGCCAGAUCUAGCGACAAAGCUGCUUAUUUGGCAAGAGUGUUGGCGGAUGCAGCGCAGCGGCUAGACACGAGUCUCAUAUGACCAUGGCGCAUGCGUGAGCAAAGCAAUUGCGGUGCGAGUUCACUCGAGGCAGCACUCAGGGUCCGCCCAUACGUGAACAGCAUGCCAGACGCUGUGCUGUCCCGGAGUGAGCAUUUCCAUGCUGGUCUGAUGAUGAACUCGGUAGAUAUAUUUAGCUCAUGGUUUCUUGGGACGGUUUGACUACUCAGAUACAUUAUUUUCGUUUGGGUGGACCUCGAGUGAACCUACACCGGGAAUAAACUACAAGCCAGUCGAUCAGAACUCGAUGACCUACGUCGCAGACGUCGCUCUCCUAGCUUCGCUGGCAAUGUAAACAGCUUCUAGCAAAUGGAAGUCACGUGGCUUUGCAUCUCCAACAUGGUGUAGCUAGUGUAGCAUCGUAACCAGUGCAUUUGAGCAUACCAGGAAGCGGGAGAAGCAUGUAGAGGAGAGGAAAAGCGAGCAGGCAAAGAAGAGAAGGAACCUUGGCUAGGCUUAUGUGAGUCCUAUCACCAAACUCGUCGGGUGAGUCUGCUUGCCGGCGUGGUUGCUUUGAGAAGGUAGGGAUGAAGGUCAUUUGGUGCAUCGUUGAUGAAUAUUGAUAUCUAGGUGACUACAGCAUUAAAACAGCCUUUGCUCACCAUACCGAUAAAUUACAACCUCUUUGACUGCCUGUAUCAAAUUCUAUAUUGAAAAUAUUUUCCAACACUACUUGAACGUGUCUCCGAAUACUGUGUUGCAAAAUGCCAUCAUGUCUUCAUACCAUUUAUAUGCACGACAACACCAAGCGUCUUUCUUCAAGGACAAGGAGAGAGAGAGAGAGAGAGAGAGAGAGAGAGAGAGAGAGAGAGAGAGAGAGAGAGAGAGUGCGGCCAGGAUCACGUGUUGAACUUGUGAUCGCCAGCUAAUCCUCCCGGAGAGAGCUUUGAGUUGACAUUCUGAUAUAUUGGAAAGGCUGUGAUCUUUAGCCCACCACACAUCCAUCACUCUUGCUAGAGAACAGUAGCUGCUCAUUUGUGACUUGAGCAGAGAGUGAACCUCAGUCUGUCUUUAUGUCACAGAUCGUGACAAAAACAUUCCUACAUUCACGCGGACAUGGUAACACUGAGCGGGCAAUGUGCUAUACAGGCUGCUGUUUGCCCACUCUUCGACUUAUUUCAACAUCCUAAUCUUCCUACCAAACCCCUCAGCUCAGGAAGAGCAGAAGGCAUAAUGUUCUUGUCACUGUCUGUGACACAUUAUAGUAACACGCAAGUGUGUUCUCCUUAAGGUGUGUGUGUGUGUGUGUGUGUAUUCUAUGUAUGUGUGUGUUACAUCCACAACAAGACCCGUCCUUCAAGGCCUUUGCUGGAUACUACGUAGUAUACAGAGUGCUUGCUUAUACUCAAACCAAUAUGCGCAGCCAACCAAAUUUUUCCUUGUCGAUGAAUAAAUACCACGAUGACCUGAAGCGAUAAGUACGGAACUGUCUCAGCUGUUAACUCUGUACUGCCUGCGAAGUAUGGUGGGAACCUUGCUGUUCAUAUUAGCCGUAAAUACAAGUGAAAUUUAUAAGAACACAAGAAAAGAAGGGAAGCUGCAAGAAGCCACCAGGCCUACAUGUGGCAGUCCCUAUAUUAAACAUGCCCGCCUAUUUCAACCUAUCAUUUUCAUCAUAAAUGUAUAUAACUUUCCUUAAAAGUUCCCAAAUGACUCGGCAUUAACAUUCUGAUUACUGAGUAUAUUUCAUUCAUCUACGGUUCUAUUUGACUAGUUUUUUUCUAUUUUUUAAAAUCUAACUUUAUCAAACUUGAACCCAUUAUUUCUUGUCUUUUCCUGAUUAUUGAUCCUGGGGAUUUUGCUUAUGUCAACACCAUUCUAUUCCAUAUACCAUUUAAAGACCUCUUAAGCUACGCCUCUUCAUGGAAUGUAAAAUCAAAAGUUUCGGUCUCCUUUCAGAUGGGAUGCUCCUCAACCCUCAUAGAUAUUUUUAGUCCUCCUUUGUACUGGUUCUAACAAACCUAUAAUCUUCCUGUACUAUGGGGGCCAGAAUUCCAUAACAUAAUUUAGACGAAGUAACCAGCGUCAAAUAUAAUUUUGAUUUGAUAUUUCGGAUUUUAACUAGUAGUUCACUAAUAACAUCUUUGCAUUCUUUUAGUACUCUGGGAUAUGUUUCUUCUGGCCCUUGUGAUUUAACUUUUAAUUUUUAGCCUUUCUCCUCAUUUAUGGAAAUAUCUCAGCUUACCUGUUUAGAAAAUCCGUUUGCUUUCUGGCGUUUCCUGUAUGUUUUCUUGAGUUAAACCUUUGAAAUACAGUGGUUCAGAAUUUUACUCUUGGAAGUCUUAGCUGCCCUAUAUCAGUAGGUCAUGUUUAUAUUAAAGACAUAAAAAAGGACCACAGCAAAUCUUCAGUUGUAGCACGUGUUAAGUAUCGAUUAAGAAGAGGCACAGCUUAUUAUUUAUUAAAUUAUUAUUAAAUGACCAGUCGCUAUUUUGCUGAAGUGAUAUGCACCCUAACCAACCAUUAAUAAACCUAGCGCUUGCGCACGCACCGCUAGGAAAAUAUUGACGAGGUCCACCGCAAGUGACGAGAUUAAACUUUAGUUCCGCAUUUGAUCGGAGAGCUGCUCGGUGAACAACGAGUAAUCGGUCAAAAUCUUUGAACUUGUUAGUGCAUUAAGAUUUUAAAGUAAAAAAAAUCACAUCUAUUUAAUGCCUAUGCACAUGAUAUAUUCCUAUUCUGUAGUUUAUGAUAUCGCCAAUAUUGAUAUUGUUGGUGGAAAUAAAAAUUACAAUAAUAAUAUUGUUUGUUCCUAUCUGCAUUCCCUUGACCGCAAGUAGAUAAUAUGAACAGAAUGUAAUACUGUCUCGGCAAACAGGAGGAGAGAGAGAGAGAGAGAGAGAGAGAGAGAGAGAGAGAGAGAGAGAGAGAGAGAGAGAGAGAGAGAGAGAAUGUUCCUCCACCACUACUUGUAGAUGACCAAACAGGGCCAAACAAACACCACACCGCUAUCACCGCAGUGCUCAAGGGGAAUACUGAAUGCGGGUCCUCUUCCGCCACCUAACAACGUAUAAGCAACAAAUCUUUUCCAGCGCUGGUUACCAGUAGCCACUACUACUAGUAGUAGUAGUUGUCCGUCACAUCCAGAACGACUACGUAACAUCCCUUCAUAAGCCUUCACCCAAAAAACUACAAGGACAAAGACAAAAUCAAUAAUUAAAUUUCACUGGAAAAUUAUGUGGUAUUUGUGUCACUUGGUGAUAAAUGGCAUCUUUUUCUCUGCUGUCGACAUCAAGAAAUGCUUUCGGAUACCGUAUAAAACAGCGUCCGUCGCUCCGAGGGACCAAACUCUGAACCCCACACCAGUGACAAAGAGAGCAGCAUCUUCCCUCAACGUUAUGGCAAUGCUAACCAAGAAGAGAGGCGUGUUGGUGGUGGCAGUGGUGGUCAUGAUGGUGGUGGCGGCGCUGGGCCCGCCCAUCACCACAGCAGCCACAGUUCCAGAAUACCAAGGGCCGGCCAGGUUUCGCAGAGGGGUGGAGCCUGUCAUCUUUAACGGACAAAAAGCUAGUAGACCUCGUGUGGGUUAUUUGUCCUAUAAUCGUAGAGGGAAGUAACGUGUUGUUCUCUUGUGGUGGCUGAACAAAGAACUGCGUUCUUCGUUACGAAGCAGUGAAAUAUGAAUCUAUUAUAAAUACGGAAAUUGGACGUGACAAGGAUCCUGCAGGCCGGAAGGACAAGCUUAAUUGGAACAACAGAAACAUAAGGCAACACCACAGCCAGUUGAGUUUUGGCGCGUGUUUCCGCGUCCUGUCGCGGCACAACACACCUCAUGGGGCGUCUGGUACCCAGUCGUGACGCAUUCAUUGUUGCAGUGUUUUACUUUGAACAAUUAAAUACUUACCAAAUGUGAUGGUAUUGUCCUUAAGUGCAAGUCUUUAUGGAUACUGGAGUUCUUUGUGGAACUGUGGUGAGCCGUUGUAGAGGCGCCUUUGUUUACUCUUGGGCUACCUGUAUUGGUGGUCUGGAGUCAUCUUUAUUUUUUUGCUAUCAUCUGACAUGUAGGUGCUGUCUAAGCAUUCCAUUGUUAUCUAUAUGUUUCCUAGAUGGAUAUCUUUAGUUUAAGGUAUUCAGUUAUAGUUAAGCGGUGCCCCUUUAUGCACUAUCAGUUGUGUGUGUGUGUGUUUUUUUUUUUUUUUUAACAGAUAUCUUCUAGCUGUGUACUAUGCAGAAUAAAGCUUGGACUGCCAA